AGAUAGUCAAGUUAUUAUACUUGUCAACAGGCUUUAUAUACUCGAAAUAAAAAAAGGUGACAAUUAUACAAUUCAACUGGAAGUUGGAAUUUACAAAGUAAUGCAACUCCAGAUAAUCUCAAAGUCAUUGCCGGAGGCUCUGGCACACUGUGACGAGACUGUUACGAGACAUGAGCAAUUUAUCAACUAAACAAGUAAAGGAUUUUCGUGCCAGGUACAAUUCCCUUUUGUGUUAUCAACUGAUUUUCGUACAUGAUACAUGCCAACACACCGAUUGUUCUUCAACCAAGAAAGACAAGAAAGACAAGACCAACAGUGAAUUAAUACACUCAACCAGAGUAAUUGCCUUUACCAGAGUAAAAAAAAACAAAAAAAAGGGAAGCAAGUAUAAGCAUAUGCACUGAAGCUUGAUGUUACUUUCUCCUGGCUCAUUCAGCCUACUUCACUUAGAGUCUCAGUUUCAAACUCCCUCAUCAUCAUCAUCAUUUUAUCAUCAUGCUUUGCAGUGAUCAUUUCUCAUUGCAUUAAAUAAAAUACAUCUCAGUAGUAUAUCCCGUUAAAUAAGAUUAAUUUUAUUUUUUAUUGUUAUUUAUUUUUAUGAUAUAAUACAGUUAUUUUUGUAAUCAGUUUAUAUAUAUAUAUAGUAUUGGUCUAGUUGAACUCGUUCAAACUGCAUACACAUGAAUAUUGUUCCUUUUUUUUUAUUUUAAAUAAUUUAUAUUUUGUGGUUGGUGUUUAUGUAUUAAUAUUUAAUAUGUUAAUAUCGAGGUUUAUAAUACGAUGGAAGCUAUAACUUGUAACGAUCCAACUUUGAAAGUUAUACGAAUGAAAAUGAAGCGCCGUUGACGUUAGUAAUUGGUGCCUCCAAUGGACACCUGGUUGUCCCACCCAGGUUUUUUUUUAUAUUUAUUGUCGUCAGUUCGAUCCGGUCAGUGAUACACUGAGGACUAUGAACAACGAAUCAAACGAACGAAAAGAUGAAAAUGAAUCUGUAUAUUCAAUCAAUAGUACUGCAAAUUUGGUUGCUGUUAAAUCCAGAGAAACAUACUUCAAACGAAGGCGUAAAAAAACUGGUAUUUUACUUUAUAUUUUAUCGUUUUUGAUUGCUGGUUUACUUGCUGGUGUUACUACACUAGGUAUUUUAUAUUCCAAAGCUCGUGCUGAUAGCCUUGUUUUAUGUGACUCUGAAGAAUGUGUACGUAUUGCUGCAAGUUUAAAAGAAUCAAUGGACACAUCAGCAGAUCCAUGUCAAGAUUUUUACCAAUAUGCAUGUGGAAGAUGGUCGGAUAAUCAUCCAACGCCAGAUACAAAUAUGAUGAAUUCAUGGUUCAGUGAAAGAUCUGACAAAGUUACAUGGAGAGUCAGAGAAUUAUUAAGAAAAAAUUUAACUGAUGCACCUUGGGCUGUUAAACAAGCUAAAAUACUUUAUAAAAGUUGUAUUAAUUUAGAAUCUAUGGAUGAUCAAGGACUGACACCAUUAUUUAAUUUGCUCAAAAAUCUCGAUCUACCUCAAAUACCAGCUGCACUUGGUCAUAAAGAUGGUAAUUUUAUUACUAAAAUGGCAAAAGUUAGAAAAUUUCUUGGAAAAGAUGUUUUUAUUGGAAUUGACGUUAUUCCAGAUCCAAGAAAUCGAAGUAAAAAUGUUAUUAUAAUUGAUACACCUUCAGCAAUAAGUCCUCUACCAGGAGACAAAGAAAUUGAAAAUAGACUGAAAACAUUAAAAGCAAAAAUGACAAAAAUUGAUGAACAUUCUGAUGAAUUAAAUAAAAACAAUCAAAGUUUAUCAUCAAUUGAAAAAAAUUAUAUUGCAUCGGUAAUUAAAGAAAUAACAAAUAAUGGUAGUUUAAAUUCUUGUGAUUUAAAUAAUAAUACUUUGCUAUCUCAUGAUGAUAAAUUUUUUAAACUUGCCAGUAAAAUAUAUGAACUAAGUGGAACAUUUUAUUACCUGUCUCAUGCUGAUCAUAAUGAGACAAUAUCAGACGAGGAUUUGAGUGAAAAUGAUUACAUGACAAUUGAUCAAUUACAACAAAUAACAGAUGCUUAUGUAAAAAGUGAAAAUUCAUCUGUAACACCAAGAAUAAUUUGGCGACCGUUUAUAGAAGAAAUAUUUAAUGAUAUACCUGAUGUCGAUUUGAAUAAAAUUGAUAGAAUUCUAGUUGCCAAUUUGGGAUACAUAAAAAAUUUAGCUCUUUUUUUAGCAUCAACAGACGAUGAUAUGCUUGAAACAGCCAUAUGGUGGAUUGCUGUAGAAGUUGUAACUCCACAUUCAUCAAAUAAUUUACGUAAAAUUUGGUCAGAUUAUAUCGACAAACUUGUUGAUGUUGAAGAUUAUGAUCCACGUUCACUUCAUUGUGCUGAUGUUGUUAAUUACAUGAUGGGUAUGGCUGUAUCAUGGUUAUUUGUUGAUCCAGAAUUUCAUAAUACAACUGGUAAAAAUGUUAUUGAGAUGCUAGAAAAUAUUAGAAAAUCAUUUGAGACACUUGUUAGUAAAUUAAUUUGGAUGGAUAAAAAAACUAAAAUUGCAACAUUAGAAAAAUCUAAAAAAAUGGAAUAUGUUAUUGGUCAUCCUGAAUGGUUAUUUGAUGAAGAUACACUUAAUGAAUAUUACAAAGGGAUUGAUAUGAAGGAAAAUUCAUACCUUGAUAAUAUGCUGACUAUUGCAAGACUAAUGAGUCAAAGUGAAUUGGAAAUAAUUCAAAAAAUUAAUUACAUGAAUGACACAUACUGGGGGGCUGAACCAACUGAUGUUAAUGCUGUUUACACAGUCAUAGCUAAUCACAUAACAAUACCUGCUGGAAUAUUACAGUUUCCAUUUUAUAAUUUGGGUCUUGAAGCUUUAAAUUAUGGUGCAAUUGGUACAAUUUUGGGUCAUGAAUUGACACAUGGAUUUGAUAAUUCUGGUAGGCUUUAUGAUGGUGAUGGAAAUUUACGUCAAUGGUGGAGUAAUGAAACAGUUAUUGAGUACAAAGACAAAGUUGAAUGUUUUAUUGAUCAUUACAGUAGCUACCACGAAGCCGAGGUCAAUGAGAAUAUUGAUGGAAAACUAACACUCGAUGAAAAUAUUGCUGAUAAUGGUGGCCUCCGUGAAGCUGUAUUUGCAUACAAAAGGUGGAAAAAUAAACAUGGACAAGAACGUUAUCUACCUGGCUUUACACAUUUAACACAUGAUCAAUUAUUAUUUUUAGGUUUUGCUCAUCUGUGGUGUGAAGCUUAUACACCAGAAUCAUUGAGAUGGAUGUUGCGAGAUUCUCAUUCACCAGGACACAUUAGAUUACGUGCUGUUUUAACAAAUUCAAAAGAAUUUAAUGAAGCUUGGAAGUGUCCAUAUGAUUCUCCAAUGAAUCCAUAUAAAAAAUGUCGAAUAUGGUAGAAAAAAAAAAUAUAUAUUUAUAAAGAUUAAACAUCAAAAAGUCCAGUGACAAUUUAAUACCAUAUUUUUUUCUAGAAAUUAUAUAUCUAAAAAAAUGGUAAGUAGAAUAUAAGUAGCGAAAUUAAUUGAUAUUAAAAAAAAAAAUAAGGAAAACAUUAAUAAAUUUAAAAAUGGUAAUUUUUUUUUUUAAUAAAAAAGUUCUAUUUAUGUAAAAAAAAAAAAAAAAGACAAUUCGUACAAAUAAUUUCAAUAUUAAUUUUUUCGUUUGUUACUUUCUUUUCUUACGUUGGUUUUUUUUUUUUGGCUCUAGGCCAACAUUGGCUCAAUCAGUGAUAAAAUUAAUGACAUUGCAAAAGUUGUUCAUUAAUUAAAAUUCCAUGAAUACAAAUUUUUGGAUAAAUUCAAGUCAAAAUGACAUUGACUUAUCGCAUAAUAUUUUUUUUACAUAAAUCUUUUUGAUAAUUUGUAAUGAGUGACAUCAUCAUUAUCUCAACAAU